GUCCCUUUACACAAGUCGUUAAAGAAACUCUUAUUGUUCAAAAUCCUAAUCGUGAACCGGUAGCUUUCAAGGUUAAAACCACUGCCCCUAAACAAUAUUGUGUACGACCUAAUUCAGUCAUUCUUCAACCUAUGAAAGAAGACCUACCCCCAGAUUAUAAAUGUAAAGAUAAGUUUUUGGUACAAAGUGUAGCCAUUACACCAGAGCGAGAAAAUUUAAGUUUACAAGAAUUGUGGUCUAUAACCGAAAAACAAGCAAAAGAAACUAUCAAAGAAAAUAAAAUCCGAUGUGUAUACUCACCACCAGUUGCUCAAGUUCCUCAACAAAUUUCUCAACAAAUUCCAAAUAAUUUAUCUCCCGCAUCUCCUCCACCAAAUUUGCCUUUACCACCUCAACCUUCUACUCGUUCAGUAGCAGAUACAUUGGUAUUAGGAGGCGGCGGUGGUGGUGGAGGUGUUCAUGAUCCAGCUAAAUUAAGAAAACAAUUACUUGAAUCUCAAGAAGAAAUUAAACGCCUUAGUCAUACAAUUGAAAAUUAUAAACAAGAAUUAAAUACAUCUCAAAUGAGACAGCGUAGAAUUGACGAUACCACCACUUCAACCGUAACAGCUUCAAACCGACAUAGUGUACAAAGUAUUGGAUCUAAUAUUCAAGAAAGAAUUCCGGAAGGAUAUUAUCCAUUUGAAGUAGUUGUAGGGGCGGCAGUUGGGGCUUUCUUAUUUGGAGUCAUGUAG